AUGAAUCGCGCGCCUAGCGAGGUCGAUGAAGCCAUCGAGGCAAACCGACCUAUCGUUUCUAAUUCAUCGACGAUCGAGAGGGAAAGGCAAGAGAGAGAGGACUCUUCCUGUUCCAGCAGUUCGUCAAGCAGCGAACCUGAAGAAGAGGAACCUCCGCGCAAGAAAUCAAAACGAGAUGCUCAGGUAACGGUCGAUCUCCGGAUCGACGCGUUAUACGAACAGGUCAGUUUCCUUACAAAUUUAAUUAUGCAUCAGCAAUGUGCGUCAUCAUCAAAUACAAAUGUGACCGCGAAAACCACUGACGUGAUUGAACAACCUGAACAGAAUAAUGAUGAUUUCUUGACCAAUCCUUGCUCUAUUACACCAAAAUCAUUAGAUUUAGGUUUUUGUAAAACUGAUUUUGAUGAGAAAAAAGUUCUUAAACCAGCCGAUGAACAACGUUUAAACCAGUUAAUAAAAUUGCAACAUUUUAAUUCAUCUACGUGGCAACACAUUCGGUAUAAAAAAGCAUUGGCAGACAUGCUUGCGUUCCCAGGCUUUUGUAACUUAAAAAUUAAUGACGAAAUAUGUUGUUUAAAUAAGGGCAAAAAUUUCCUGGCUUCAACGGAGGAAAUUAUGGCUGCAAUUACCAAUGCUUUACUAUACCAAAGGCAAUUGCUACAAUCAGGUUUACAAGAAAUUGUUAAUUGGUCUCACAAUAAUCCUACGGAACUAACCUCUAAUAACCUUUUUAAUAAAAUAAGCGAAAUGUUCGGUAAUUCGUCGCCAUCUUAUAAAUUAUCUGAACAAACAUUACAAAUCGUCUGCGGGAAACGAGCGGAGUGUAUAGAAACUAGGCGUAAAAGAUUAAUUAGCGAAAUUUCUGAUAAAAGUAUUCAAGCCGCUCUCGUUAACAUACCUCCCAGCGAGGAAUUUCUAUUCGAGAAGACACAAUUGAUGUCGCUGGUGCAAUCCCUCGGCGGGCCUCAUUAUUGGUUAUCACCCCCACAAAUCUCUAAAAAUAGGGACCAAGCAAUUGGGGUAGCUAAACCAAAAUCAGUUAGGUCAUUUGUUAGUUGGGACCCAAAUGUAGUUCUGGAAUGGCUUUCAGCUAAUUCACCUAAAGAUACGCUCUUUGAAAUAUCGCGUAGAACAGCAACAGUGUUAUUGCUAGCUUCUGGACGUAGAGUCCACGAUCUUACCUUGUUGCGAAUUUCCAAAGACAACUAUCUUGAUAAUGGACAAAACAUCUAUUUAAUACCGGCAUUUGGUUCAAAGACUGACAGACAUGACUGCCGCCAAUCUGCUUGGAAGCUGUCUAAACAUCCUGAUAAGAACAUCUGCCCAGUUAGUUUAGUUAGAUGUUUAAUAGAGAAAACCAAACAAAGAAGGUCGGAUAUUAAAGACUUAGACAACCUCUUCAUUACAAUUAGUAAUAAAGUAAAAUUUGCUUCCCGUACUGUAAUAGGCAACUGGGUGCGCACAGUUCUUAAAGACAGUGGUAUUGAUGCUUCCCCAGGGAGUUGUAGGUCAGCUGUAGCUUCACUGGGGUGGUUAGAUAAUCAACCCUUAGAUGAUAUAUUAGCACGGGCAUUGCAGGAAGUCCUUCCUGGUGAAGACUAUGAUAUUCAAAGUGACAACGUUUUGCCGUGUCCUAGCUGGAUUUUCUACUACCGUCAAUUUAAAAUU